AUGGAGAAGGGUCAAGUAAAGCUCAGUGCAUUGGUCCUUCUAUUGGUGAUUGCAUCAAGUCUUGCCAUCUCCCAAGCUGCAGAAGGAGAAGGCGCAUGUCUUCCGGAGAUGUGUCCUGGAGGGUCACGUGCCGUCUAUGUACAUGGCAAGUGCAAAUGUGCCCCGCCUUGUGCAUCAGAUCAGUGUCCUGUUGGGUCUCAAAAGGUCUACACACACGGCAAAUGUUUCUGCGUUCCAUCAGAGCGUCGGGAUGUCGUGGCUAGUCAGGAAAAUGGAGGCGCUUGUAUUCCAGAGUGUCCUCAAGGGUAUCAUGCCAUCAUUGUAGAUGGAAAAUGUCAAUGUGUUCCAACAGAGCGUCGAGAUGUCGCGGCUAGUCAGGAAAAUGGAGGCGCUUGUAUUCCAGAGUGUCCUCAAGGGUAUCAUGCCAUCAUUUUAGAUGGAAAAUGUAAAUGCGUUCCAACGGAGCGUCGGCAUGUCGCAGCUAGUCAGGAAAAUGGAGGUGCUUGUAUUCCAGAGUGUCCUCAAGGGUAUCAUGCCAUCUUUGUAGAUGGCAAAUGUAAAUGCGUUCCAACAAAGCAUCGAGAUGUCGCUGCUAGUCAGGAAAAUGGAGGCGCUUGUAUUCCAGAGUGUCCUCAAGGGUAUCAUGCCAUCAUUGUAGAUGGAAAAUGUCAAUGUGUUCCAACAGAGCAUCGGGAUGUCGCGGCUAGUCAGGAAAAUGGAGGCGCUUGUAUUCCAGAGUGUCCUCAAGGGUAUCAUGCCAUCAUUGUAGAUGGAAAAUGUCAAUGUGUUCCAACGGAGCGCCGGCAUGUCGCAGCUAGUCAGGAAAAUGGAGGCGCUUGUAUUCCAGAGUGUCCUCAAGGGUAUCAUGCCAUCUUUGUAGAUGGCAAAUGUAAAUGUGUUCCAACGGAGCGCCGGGAUGUCGCGGCUAGUCGGGAAAAUGGAGGCGCGUGUAUUCCAGAGUGUCCUCAAGGGUAUCAUGCCAUCUUUGUAGAUGGCAAAUGUAAAUGCGUUCCAACGGAGCGCCGGCAUGUCGCAGCUAGUCGGGAAAAUGGAGGUGCUUGUAUUCCCGAGUGUCCUCAAGGGUAUCAUGCCAUCUUUGUAGAUGGCAAAUGUAAAUGCGUUCCAACAAAGCAUCGAGAUGUCGCUGCUAGUCGGGAAAAUGGAGGCGCUUGUAUUCCAGAGUGUCCUCAAGGGUAUCAUGCCAUCUUUGUAGAUGGCAAAUGUAAAUGUGUUCCAACAGGGCACCGGGAUUCCUUGGCUAGUUGUGUCGGCACUCAUGACUGUGUCUCUAUAUGUGGCCAUCCGAAGGAGCCAAAAUGCUCGGUGCGUGCCAAGGGAAAAUGUGUAUGCCCGUGUAACCAUUGA